CUCUUUGCUUUGUCCUCUGCACCCUCUGACACACUGCUCUCUAUAUGGCGUAAACUUGAUGGCUGAUAGUGCAAGCAAAGCAAGCACCCCACCUUUGUUGUUUUCUUUUUUUUUGGUUUGUUUGUUCUUUUGUUUUGGGGUUUUCUUUCCCUUAAACUGACUCAAUUCCUCUUUGUCUGUAAAAAAAAUCUGCUUUUCUUUUAUAUCUCUCUUCCUUCUUUUUGGCCUUCACUACUUCUAUAAGCCCCUGUUUAUAGGGCUUCACUAGCAAAACCCACCUGCAAAAACCUCUCUCUUUCUUCUUUUCUUUCACCCUUUCUCCCCUCACACCUUGUUGUAGUUUUUUGGUCCUUCUUAGUCAAAUUAAACCUUCUUCCCUAGUUGAAUCCUCAUUUCUAUUUCUAGGGUGUGGAAGAGAAAAGAAAACAGAAGGGAAUUGUAUUAGUAGUCUGUCAUCUUCCUUUCAGCCAUCAUUUUCUUUUCUAAGGGAGACCCUGAGUGUUGACUUGCCUUAUUUUCUCUCUCACAAUUUGUGGAGAGAGAGGGAGGCUUAUGUUGGUCUGCUCUCAUUUACCAGCAACUGUCUACAGUGACACUGAAUUUGCUUCAUAUUCUUUCUUUCUUUCUUCCUUUCCCAGUUGACCUUCGGGAAAAAUAUGAGAUGGACAUUCAAAGUCUAGGCGGUUGAUGACCCUUUUCUGCCUUUGUCCUUUGGAUCAUCAAAAGUGUUUGCCUUCUGAUAUUUCACAUUUUGUCCACCAGACACCUUAACUGUUCAAAGCCCUUCCUCUCUCUCUCUCUCUCUCUCUCCUUUUGUUUUUCUUUAGUGAUUUAAUAUUAUUAUUUUUGUGGGGUGGGCUUUCAUGCAUGGAAGAAGGGUUUCUCUUAGACAGUGCAAAGAAUUAAUUGAUAGGUUUGGAUUGUGUUGCUGAGGGAAGGGUUGACAAUUGUCAAGGGAACUCCUAGCCAUAUAGGAUCUAAAGAAGGCAAGCCCUUUUUAAUUUUUAAUCAUUUUGGCCUCCUAACACAGCUCACUCACACAGUCACACCUUGUCUGCUUCUUCCUCUUUUGGUCUCCAAACACACUAACAAUACACAAAUAAAUAAACGAAAGAAAGAAAGAGCUGGGAAUGGAACUUUCUAGUCAAGAAGGAGAAAUGCCAAUCCCAUUGAACAGUACAUAUGGAGGGGGGCACAUGAUCCAUCAUGAUCAUCAUGCUGCACCCCACAACCAUAUCAUAGUAUCCUCAGCACCCCAAAUCACUUGCACUGGUCCUUCCAUACCCACAAACCUUGAUGAUGAUCAUCAUGUGGGCUUCAAGAAAGUGGUGAGAUACAGAGAGUGCCUCAAGAACCAUGCAGCAGCCAUGGGCGGCAAUGCCACUGAUGGCUGUGGUGAGUUCAUGCCCAGCGGUGAGGAGGGUAGCAUUGAAGCUCUGACUUGCUCAGCUUGCAACUGCCAUAGAAACUUCCACAGAAAAGAGAUUGAAGGUGAGCCAUCUCCCUCUUCCUGUGACUGUUACCCCUCGCAUAGUCCUCAUCUGAGCAGGGCUGGGAGGAAACUCUUCCUGGGUCACCACAAGAGUAUCCUACCUCCUGAGGCUCUAGGCCUAGGGUACCCUACAGCUACUGGGACUCUUAUACACUCAAGAGCAGCUCCAACUCCCACACCCCACCAGAUGAUAAUGUCCUACAACAUGGGCUCCCUCCCCUCGGAGUCUGAUGAUCAGGCAGAUGGUGGCGGGGUAGUGACUAGGCCACACCAGCUGGUGAAGAAGAGGUUUCGGACAAAGUUUACCCAGGAACAGAAGGAGAAGAUGCUUAACUUUGCAGACAAAGUUGGGUGGAAAAUCCAAAAGCAAGAAGAAGCUGUGGUGCAACAGUUCUGCCAAGAGAUUGGGGUCAAGAGAAGAGUCCUCAAGGUCUGGAUGCACAACAACAAGCACAAUCUAGCCAAGAAAAACCCUUCUUCCACCACCACUCCUACUACAACAACUCCUGCUACAUGACAAGCCCAAGUUAAUCAGUGUCUCAUCUCCUCUCCCUUUCCCUCUCCCUCUCUCGUUCUCUCUUACUUUGUGUUUUUCAGUUCCCCUAGCCAGUUAAUUAGUAGCUUAAAACCAUUCAUCCCUUUCUUCACACUACCUUUAUUCUUUUCUUUUCUGUUUUUUUUUUUUUUUGCCUGUUUCUUCAAUGAUAAUAUCUAUCGUUCUCCUUGGGCUUGUUUCUUGCUUAUGGUUACUCAGUAGAGUUUCAUCAGUUAUUAGUUUAUCUGAGUGAUAUGCUUUUUGCAAAUCCAUGCACUGUAUAAGUGGAUUGCAACAUUUGAUAUUCAUCGGUCUGUAGUACUUGUACCCAUAUUUUAAUCUUCAGAAGAAGCAGAAGAAGAAGAUGAGGAAGAAGAGCCUUCUAAAUUAGAACACUUUCUUUAUUGAUUUUGUAAUA